AGCCCCGCCGCCACGCUUCGGCUCUGUCAGUUUCCUCGGCGGCGGGAGGCGAGAGCACUUGGGAGCGGAGCGAGCGCGCGGGCCACCGGAGUCGGCGGCGACGCGGAGACAGCCAGGGCGCGGCGGAUCGUCUACUCGCACCCAGAGCGCUCGGUGCCCCACACAGGAUCACGAUGGUGCCCAGCUUGGCGCUGCUCAUGCUGGCCGCCUGGACGGUUCGGGCUCUGGAGGUGCCCACCGAUGGCAAUGCCGGGCUGCUAGCAGAACCCCAGAUUGCCAUGUUCUGUGGUAAACUCAAUAUGCACAUGAAUGUGCAGAACGGGAAGUGGGAGUCAGAUCCAUCAGGGACCAAAACUUGCAUUGGCACCAAGGAGGGCAUCCUGCAGUACUGCCAAGAGGUCUAUCCUGAACUGCAGAUCACAAAUGUGGUGGAAGCCAACCAGCCAGUGACCAUACAGAACUGGUGCAAGCGGGGCCGCAAGCAGUGCAAGACCCACACCCACAUCGUGAUUCCCUACCGCUGCUUAGUUGGUGAGUUUGUAAGUGAUGCUCUUCUCGUUCCCGACAAGUGCAAGUUUCUCCACCAGGAGCGGAUGGACGUCUGCGAGACCCACCUUCACUGGCACACUGUUGCCAAAGAGACAUGCAGUGAGAAGGGCACUAACUUGCACGACUAUGGCAUGCUGCUGCCCUGUGGCAUCGACAAGUUCCGCGGGGUGGAGUUUGUAUGCUGCCCGUUGGCCGAGGAAAGCGACAACGUGGACUCUGCGGACGCAGAGGAGGAUGACUCUGAUGUCUGGUGGGGUGGAGCAGACACCGACUAUGCUGACGGCGGUGAGGACAAAGUGGUAGAAGUAGCAGAGGAGGAGGAAGUGGCUGAUGUUGAGGAAGAAGAAGCUGAUGAUGACGAGGAUGCGGAGGAUGGGGAUGAGGUGGAGGAGGAGGCCGAGGAGCCCUACGAAGAGGCAACAGAGAGAACAACCAGCAUCGCCACUACCACCACCACCACCACCGAAUCCGUGGAGGAGGUGGUCCGAGAGGUGUGCUCUGAACAAGCCGAGACCGGGCCAUGCCGCGCAAUGAUCUCCCGCUGGUAUUUUGAUGUCACUGAAGGGAAGUGCGCCCCAUUCUUUUACGGCGGAUGUGGCGGCAACAGGAACAACUUUGACACGGAAGAGUACUGCAUGGCGGUGUGUGGCAGCGUCUUUCCUACAACAGCAGCAAGCACCCCUGAUGCUGUUGACAAGUACCUGGAGACACCUGGUGAUGAGAACGAACACGCCCAUUUCCAGAAAGCCAAAGAGCGGCUAGAAGCUAAGCACCGGGAGAGGAUGUCUCAGGUCAUGAGAGAAUGGGAAGAGGCAGAACGUCAAGCCAAGAACUUGCCCAAAGCCGACAAGAAGGCUGUCAUCCAGCAUUUCCAGGAAAAAGUGGAAUCUCUGGAACAGGAAGCAGCCAACGAGAGACAGCAGCUUGUAGAGACACACAUGGCCAGAGUUGAAGCCAUGCUCAAUGACCGCCGCCGCCUAGCCCUCGAGAAUUACAUCACCGCCCUGCAGGCAGUGCCUCCAAGGCCUCAUCAUGUGUUCAACAUGCUGAAGAAGUACGUCCGUGCUGAGCAGAAAGACAGACAGCAUACCCUAAAGCAUUUUGAACAUGUGCGCAUGGUGGACCCCAAGAAAGCUGCUCAGAUCCGGUCUCAGGUUAUGACACACCUUCGUGUGAUCUAUGAGCGCAUGAACCAGUCUCUGUCCCUGCUCUACAAUGUCCCUGCCGUGGCGGAGGAGAUUCAAGAUGAAGUUGAUGAGUUGCUUCAGAAAGAGCAGAACUACUCCGACGAUGUCCUGGCCAAUAUGAUCAGUGAACCCAGAAUCAGUUACGGAAACGAUGCUCUCAUGCCGUCUUUGACUGAAACGAAAACCACUGUGGAGCUCCUUCCCGUGAACGGGGAGUUCAGCCUGGAUGAUCUCCAGCCAUGGCAUCCUUUCGCGGUGGAUUCUGUCCCAGCCAAUACGGAAAAUGAAGUUGAGCCGGUUGAUGCCCGCCCUGCUGCUGACCGAGGACUGACCACUCGACCAGGUUCUGGGCUGACAAACAUCAAGACAGAAGAGAUCUCUGAGGUGAAGAUGGAUGCAGAGUUCGGGCACGAUUCAGGAUUUGAAGUCCGUCAUCAAAAACUGGUGUUCUUUGCAGAAGAUGUGGGUUCAAACAAAGGUGCCAUUAUUGGACUCAUGGUGGGCGGCGUUGUCAUAGCAACAGUGAUUGUCAUCACUUUGGUGAUGCUGAAGAAGAAGCAGUACACAUCCAUCCAUCAUGGCGUGGUGGAGGUUGAUGCUGCCGUGACCCCAGAGGAGCGCCACCUCUCCAAGAUGCAGCAGAAUGGAUAUGAGAACCCAACGUACAAGUUCUUUGAGCAGAUGCAGAACUAAACCACCGCUACAGCAGCGGCCUCUGAACUUGGACAGCAAAACCAUUGCUUCACUACCCAUCGGUGUUCAUUCAUAAAAUAAUGUGGAAAGAAACGAACCCUUCUGUUUUAUUAUUUACUCAUCAUCGCCUUUUGACAGCUGUGCUGUAACACAAGUAGAUGCCUGAACUUGAAUUAAUAUACAAAUCAGUAAUGUAUUCUUUCUCUCUUUACAUUCUGGUCUCUACACUACAUUAUUAAUGGAUUUUGUGUACUGUAAAAAAGAAAAAAAAUUAGUUGUAUCAAACUAGUGCAUGAAUAGAUUCUCUCCUGAUUAUUUAUCACAUACAUAGCCCCCUAGCCCGCUGUAUAUUAUUCUUGUGGUUUGUGGCCCAAUUAACUCCUACUUGAAAUGCUUUAAAAAUCGAUGGGGGAUGCUUCAUGUGAACUUGGGCGUUUAGCUGCUUCUCUAAUCUAAGUAUUCUUUUCCUGGUCACUAUGCAUUUUAAACAUUUUUAAGUAUUCCAAAUGAUUUAGGAAAUUCUUUUCCAAGAUUGCAUUUUACUGUACAGAUUGCUGCUUCUGCUCUGUCUGUGACAUAGGAAUGAGAGGGUACACAUUGAUUCCUUUGUGCCUGUUUUAUGUGCACACAUUAGGCAUUGAGAAUUUGAACUUUUUUUUUUUUUUUUUUGUCCAUGUAUCUUUGGAUCUUUAAUUAAAGAAGAAGAAAGAGAGAAAGAAAAGAAAAGAAAGGAAAGAAAGAAAGAAAGAAAGAAAGAAAGAAAGAAAGAAAGAAAGAAAGAAAGAAAGAAGAAGAAAGAAAGAGAAAUCCCUUUUCGUUGUAAGCACUUUUCCGGGUGUGGGGGGGAGGGAGUAUUCGACUGGUCUCAAAUCACCAAGAAUUCUCCGAAAAUACUUUUCUGCAGGAUGAUUGUACAGAAUCAUUGCUUCUGCCAUGAUAGCUUUCUACACUGUAUUACAUAAAUAAAUUCAAUAAAACAA